GGCUCGGACGUGGACUGGGACGACCUUUGGGAUCAGUUUGAAGAGCGGAGGUACCUGAGCGCCCGGCGGUGGAAGGGCGGCGAGGACCCCUACCGGCUCCACGCCUUUAACCAGCGGGAGAGCGAGAGGAUCCCCAGUGACCGCGCCGUCCGCGACACCCGCCACCACAGGUGUACAACUUUGCACUAUGGCCAGGACCUUCCCCCAACCAGUGUCAUCAUCACCUUCCACAACGAGGCCAGGUCAACCCUGCUGAGGACCAUCCGCAGAGACUUGAACCGCACCCCAGUGCACCUCAUCCAUGAAAUCAUACUGGUGGAUGACUUCAGUGAUGAUCCUGAUGACUGUCGCUUGUUGGGCAAGCUCCCCAAGGUGAAGUGCUUGCGGAACGGACGCCGAGAAGGUCUAAUCCGGUCCCGAAUCCGAGGUGCAGAUAUGGCACAAGCAGGAGUCCUGACCUUCCUGGACAGUCACUGCGAGGUGAAUAAGGACUGGCUGCUCCCUCUGCUGCAGAGGAUCAAAGAGGAUACCACCCGAGUGGUCAGCCCUGUUAUUGACAUCAUCAACUUGGACACUUUUGCCUAUGUGGCAGCUUCCUCGGACCUCAGAGGAGGUUUUGACUGGAGUCUGCAUUUCAAAUGGGAGCAGCUUUCCCCAGAGCUGAAAGCCAAACGACUUGAUCCCACCGAACCCAUUAAGACUCCCAUCAUUGCUGGGGGGCUGUUUGUGAUCGACAAAGCCUGGUUCAACCACUUGGGGAAGUACGACAGUGCCAUGGACAUCUGGGGUGGGGAGAACUUUGAAAUCUCUUUCCGUGUGUGGAUGUGUGGAGGGAGCCUGGAGAUCAUCCCCUGCAGCCGCGUUGGACACGUCUUCCGCAAGAAACAUCCGUACGUCUUUCCAGAUGGAAACGCCAAUACAUACAUUAAGAACACGAAGCGCACGGCGGAGGUGUGGAUGGACGAAUUCAAGCAGUACUACUACGCGGCUCGUCCCGCGGCCCAGGGGAGGCCUUACGGGAACAUCCAGAGCCGAGUGGAGCUGCGGAAGAGGUUGAAAUGCCACAGCUUCAAGUGGUACCUGGAAAACGUUUAUCCCGAGCUUCGGAUUCCUGAGGAAUCGCUCUAUCAGACUGGGAUGAUCAAACAAAGGCAGAGCUGCCUGGAGUCACACAAGUCUGAAGCCCAAGAGUUUCCUGUCCUCAGCUUAAAUCCUUGCAACAGCAGCAAAGGCAUGACAGCGACGGCACAGGAAUGGACGUAUACAUACAACCACCAAGUCCGCCAGCAGCAGCUGUGUUUGUCUGUGUACACCCUUUUCCCUGGUUCUCAGGUGCUGUUGUUGCCUUGCAAAGAGAGUGACAACAAGCAGCGAUGGGGCAAAGUUGGGUCACAUAUUGAACAUAUAGCUUCACGCUUCUGUUUGGACACUGAGACGAUUGGGGACACGAAUGAGAGUACCAAAGAACUUGUCAUCAACCCUUGUGAGAGCACGGCCUUGAGUCAGCGCUGGGACAUGGUGAUGUCUUGA